CCUCAUCUAACUCCCCCAGGGCUACGACAUGGAAGAUGCGAUGAUCAUCAACAAGUCGGCCUACGAGAGGGGUUUCGGUGCGGGUUCCGUAUACAAGUCGGAGUUCGUGGAGCUGGCCCACCCCGCCUCCUACUUCUGCAGGGACCAGGCUCGCCAGGACCUGGCGCAGUAUAUCGACGAUGAUGGACUGCCUGCCGUCGGGGCUAGGCUACAACCUGAUGCGCCGUUCUAUUCUUUCUAUGACGCGGAGAAGAAUAUAUUCGUGGUGAGCAAGUACCACGGGAAGGAGGAGGUGUUCGUGGACAGCGUGAGGCUCUGCGGGGACUUCAGCUCCCGGCCGCUGAAGAAGGCUUGCAUCAUGCUGCGGCUGCAGCGUAACCCAACCGUGGGCGACAAGUUCGCCUCGCGCGCUGGACAAAAGGGCAUCUGCUCUCAGAAGUGGGCUGCCGAGGACCUGCCCUUCACGGAGUCGGGGUUGGUCCCCGACAUCCUGUUCAAUCCUCACGGCUUCCCGUCUCGGAUGACCAUAGCCAUGAUGAUCGAGUGCAUGGCGGGGAAGGCCGCCAGUAUACAUGGACAUGUCCAUGACGCCACCCCAUUCCGCUUCAACGAGAAAGACACAGCUAUCAAUUACUUCGGGCGUUUGCUGGAAGCGUCCGGCUACAACUAUUACGGAACUGAGCGCAUGUACAGCGGCGUCGACGGCCGCGAGAUGGACGCCGAUAUCUUCUUCGGAGUCAUUCAUUAUCAGAGGCUCAGGCAUAUGGUGUCUGAUAAGUGGCAGGUCCGCACGACGGGCGCGGUGGACGCGCUGACGGGGCAGCCCGUGAAGGGGCGGCGGCGCGGCGGCGGCGUGCGCCUCGGCGAGAUGGAGCGCGACGCGCUCGCCUCGCACGGCGCCGCCUUCCUGCUGCACGACCGCCUGUUCCACUGCUCCGACAAGACGCAGGCCGUACUGUGCUCAAAAUGUGGGACUCUACUUGGCCCAAUGGUGGGCAAGAGCGACUCUACGAAGGACACGUGCCGUCUGUGCGGCGAGGGACACCUGGUCUCCGUGGCUAUACCAUACAUCUUCAAGUUCUUCGUGACACAACUUGCGUGCGUCAAUAUUAACGUCAAAAUCAACUGUUCGGAACAUCUGUCCAUAACUGGCUGCUAGAUUAAGUGAUUAAGUAUG